CGGAGGGUGCCCCCCAUGCUUGCCUCCGGAGAUGGUCUCUGUAACUUUGUACGGGCCCAUGGAAAACCGCAACCAGGAGAAAGGUCUCACUUGUUCUCCUGGACCUUUUCUCUUUUCCAGGAGCUGAUCUUCUAUCCCAAAGACAGUAUCUCUACAGAGCUCUUUGAGGCACUGGGCCAAAUUGUGUGCCACAGGGCCUUUUCGGUGGCUGCCAUCCAGAACGCCAGCCAAGCUGCUGCAGCUGUGUAUCAGUGGAUCUGUUCUGUCUACUGGUAUCACUGGGCUCUGCGGGAGUGGCAACCUGCCCUACUGCAGCUACAGAGCUGCGACGAUCAGAUCAACACAGAGAAGAUAAACCUGGGGGAUCGACGCCUUCACUCCGAGUACCUGAGAGACACCACCCAGGCCCGGAUUAGGGAGCUGAAGCAGAAGCAGGAGCAUCAGGAAAAGCUGCUGCAGCAGCUCACCCAGUCCUUACAGGCCAAAGAGGAAGCCAGCACUGUGGAGAGCUCGGUCGCGGAGCACAUGGCCAACUGGACGGCCCUCGCCAAGGAUCUGGAAUACCACCAAAGCACGGUGCACGGUGAUGCCCUUCUCUGCUCAGCCGUCAUCUCCUACUUGGGUCCCUUCUCCCCACCGCGACGAAAAGAGCUUCUGGAGAAGUGGCAGGCUGUGUGUGACGGGUCCCAGGUUUUCCUGAGCCCUGAUGACGUUAGUUGGCUGCUGCAGAAAGAAUUGCCCUGCCCAGGCCCAGCCUCCUCGGGUCCCCCGCUGCUUGCUGUACAGAAGCCACUGAGACUAGUGUCUCUGCUCAGCUCAACUCAACAGCAGCGCCUCUGGGAUCGGGUCCACAAGCCAAAGGAUGCUGAGAGCCGGCUCACUGCCAUGAUCAUACACUCCAGCGUUCACCUUCCGGCCUGCCGGUGGCCUCUGUUGGUGGACCCUGACAAGCAGGCGCUGAUCUGGUUGCUCAUGACUCUGGCUAUGGAAGAGGAGGAAUCUCAGGCCCAAGUCCUGUCUGAUCUUGUACCAGAUAUGGUGGAGCAAGGUGGCUGUGAGGAGAUACCUGAAGACAAGCUUGAAAUCCUGUCACUGACCAACCCUGACCUCGAGCAGAGUCUCAGGAAUGCUGUUAAUCUCGGCAACCCGGUGCUGCUGAUGGACUUUGAAAAGAACAUCUCCUGGUGUCCAACCCUGCAGCGGUUGAUGGAGAAGGAAUCCUUUCGGGGAGCAGAGAGCAAAACCCUCUUCCCUGCCUCUGAGAAAGGAGCAAAGGAGUCGGUGUGCACACCCGUGCCGCCCUCUUUUUCACUGUACCUGUGCACUGAGCUGCCUCUUACAGCUUUGGCUGCAGAGGUGGACCACUCGCUUUUGAAGAAGCUGAACGUCGUGGACCUCAGCCUCAGCCAGGGAGCCCUGGAAGACCUGCUGCUGAACGAAGUGCUGCGAGCGGAGCGCCGGGAGAUCCUGAAGAACCGGCAGGCGCUGUACCUAGGGGUCCUGCAGCUGGAAGGCAAGCUGGAGGCUACCGAGGAGGAGCUGGUGGACCUGAUUUCACAGCCCCAGCGUUCGCUUUUGGAGGAGGAGAACUUCAUGCCGAUGGUGCAGCUCCUGCAGACCCAGAUCCAAGCGUUACGUGCCACUCACAAGCACAUGGCCGCCCAGCACCAGGAUCAGGCUGCCCUGUGCGACAAGUACCGGCAGGUGGCCCGCCUUGGCGUGGGACUGCACGAGGCGCUCCAGCAGGUAGCCCGCCUCCACCCGCUCUAUCGCUUCCCCACAGAGUUCUGCAUCAGCCGCGUGCGACAGGCUUUGAUUUCGGCCAAGCGCCAGGAGACCAGCAAGCAGGAGUCCCUGGAGGCCCGGCUCCUGGAGCUCAGCAGGAUGGUCCUUUGGCAGCUGCUCACCCAAGCCCUGCCCUGCCUGCGGGAGGCGGAUCGCCUGCUCUAUUUCUUCCUGGGCGCAGCGGCCACACUGCGAGUGGCAGGAGACAUCAGCCCGCUGGAGUGGCUAGCUUUCUGCCAGGGCUUGCAGAGCCCGGCUGCCAGGGCCCUCCUCCUGUCCCUGGAGCCCGGCGUGGCGCGCCCCGGCUGGGUGAGCGCAGAGGCCUGGGAGGAGUGCGCCUUGCUGGAGAGCCUUCCUGGCUUCCGGGGCCUGCUGGCCUCUUUGGCUGAGAAGGCCGUGCAAUGGCAGGAGUACUUUGGCUUGCCCUCCACGGUGGUCGGGCCGGCUUUGUGUCCCAGCCACGCGCACCUCAGCCCUUUCCAGCGUGCUAUUCUUUGGCGCAUUUUGUGCCCCGGGGCCAUGAGCCAAGUGAUUUCCGACCUCACCGCCUGCUUGCUGGGCUGGGCCUUCACCGAAAAGAUGGUGGCUGUCAGUCCCUACUCCUUCAGCCGCGCCAACAGGCCAGUCAUCUUUGUCACGGCCCCGGCCGGAUCGCACGGUUCCUUCACGCAUCCUCUUCUCUGGAUCCAGCAGAUGGCAGCCCAGCGGGGCCGGGUGGGAAGAGUGGUCGUCAUCUCCUUCGGCACCCCAGACGCCUCCAGGCGUGUCCAGAGAACGCUGCCCUUCUGCACCAAGAAGGGGAAGUGGCUGGUCCUGAACAACUGUCAGCUGCUGAGCCAGUGGGACCCCGAGGUGCUGCUGCAGUUGAACCUGGUGCUGCACACCCCGGCAGGACACACCAAAGAGGGGCCCCUUGAGAUCCACCCCAAGUUCCGGCUCUGGCUCAUCACGACAGCUGAUGCCCCCGACUCUGUGCCAGGGCCCGUGCACCGGAACGCCACCACCCUCUUCUGCGAGAAGCCGUUGGAGCUGAAGGGCAUCCUAGCCCACACCCAUCAGUGGCUGCAGGGACAGGUCCAGAACCUGGACACGGAGAAGCGGCUCUCGCUGCUGGUCCUCUACGGGGUCCUGCUAUACCGGCAGAACUACGCCCCGUGGACCCAGGCUGCCUUCUACUUCUGGAGUCACGGGGAAGUCCUGGCGAGUCUCAAGGCUCUUGAGAAGCUGGGUCAGCUGGCAGACAGCUGUGAGGAAGCGCAGCAGCAGCUGGCAGGAACCAUCCUCUACGGAGGGCAUGUUCUGGAUGAAGGAGAUGCGCAGGUGGUAAAGACUUUGUGCCGGCAGUGCUUGGCCUCGGCUUCCCGCCAAGCGCCUGGCCCCGGCCUUCAGAGCCUUCUAGCUGCGGUCCUCGGCCCUCAAAGCCCCGGUAAGAGGAAGCCAACGCAGAGCAUCCCGGGCAGCAGCAGACGUGGCCCAAGGCUCGGCCCUGAUGUCGCGCCUUCCCCCCCCCAAGGGCUCUUGGAAGAUGAGGCCUCCAUGGCCACCCAGGCCCGGAUCCAGCAGCUGCCGAGCCCCAUGGGGCCCGCCUGGGUCGGCCUGUGCAGUAGCCUGCAGCCCAAAAUGUUGGCCCUCCGCAGCCAAGCCUUGCUGUCAGCCCUGAAGGGGUCCCAGGGCCUUUGGACCUGCCGGCCCUCCCAAACCCCCCAGCUCCAAACAGCGCUGGAGCAGCUGGUGAAGCAAGGGCUGCUGGCAGUGCAGGAGCUGCAGGAGAAGCUGGCGCAAAGCGGCAGGGAGGCGGGAGCGCGUGGACAUGCCCCCCAGGGACAGCACCGCCCCAAGCACCGCCCCCUACAGCGCUUUCUCCUGGAGGAGGCGGGUGGCUUCCAGGCUCUGCUGAAGCAGGUGGGCAGGGACCUGACGUGCACCCAAGAGCGCCUGCAGGGGGCGCCCUGCUCCUCCCCCCGCUGCAUUGCUAUCCUGCAGGACCUGGGGCAAGAGCAGCUGCCCCGCCACUGGCUGCCCUCCCCCCCCACCGGCCCCGAGCCCCUGCAGGAGUGGCUCAACACGCUUCAGCGGCGUUGCGAGCUGCUGUGCGGCUACCUUGAGUCUAUUGGGGGGCCGCCAGUGGUGUGCUAUCAGUUGGCAGCCUUCCAGCACCCACAGCGCCUCUUCCUCGCCCUGCUGCAAGAGAAGGCCCGGGCUGAGAAGCAAGGGGUGGACAGCUACCAACUGGACCAGCAGGUGCUGGCCAGUGCGCUGCCCCCUGGCAGUGCCCCUGAGAAGGGCCUUUACCUGGGUGGCCUAGAGCUCUACCAUGCUACGUGGAAUGCCAACAGCUGCCAACUCCAAGAGACCCUCUCGGCACAACCCUGUCAGCUGCCUCCAGUUUGGGUGCAAGCCAGCCGGGAGCCCUGGACUACGGCUUCUGUCCUUCCCAAGUAUCACUGCCCUGUGUACUUAGGGACCCCCCAGGCGCUCCUGGACCUCCGCAGUCAACGGGUCGUCAUGCACCUGGCUCUUCCUUCCAAGAUGCCUCCUGAUCUGUGUGCCCAGCAGCGGGUUCACGCCAUCAGCAUUCUGCGGUGAGAUGCCACCACAAGGA